AUGUAUCCCAUCGUUGAUUUAAUCCAGAAAAUUCAAGACACCUCCCCCCACAGCGGAAUCCUUCUGGGUUACUUCCGCAAUGCCAUCCUAUGGUCAUGCGUGUUUCUCGUCUUCGUGACGGGGAUCGCGGGAAGGACUGAACAGUUGGAGAAUCAUGCCAAGGCAUCUCCUACUAUUCGCUCCGCCAGCCACGCAUAUAGAAAACUUUUGAACAAGCGCGCACGAUACCAUGUUCAUGUUCUGCCCACUAUCCUUGAGGAAGAGGAGGAGCAUCAACUUCUAGAAUGGAAACAUAUUGCACUGCUGGAAGGCGAUAUCGUUUCGAGGCCACAUUCUCCAAUUCUUCUAAGGGCGAAAGAUUAG